AUGUCUGUAUUCCGAACGAUUUUCCACUGCGAGGGAGUCCCUAUUCUAGAAGAGAACCCCUCAGCCAAGCAAUGGAUAGCAUUGCCUAUCACAAAGUACGAAGUCGGAUGGUAUUCCGACGAAGAGCUAAUGAACUUGGUGAUUGAGAGUCUCCAUUUUGGUCAUUAUGGUAUUGAACCCCUAGAAGAGAAAAAACUGCCACAAUGGGUGUAUUUUCCAAUUCCAGACAGCGCACUCGACCGCGUGCAGGGCGUUCAUGAAGCCAUCACUCUGGCCGAAUUCUAUAGAGAGGACAUCAUUGAUGGCAAGAUUGCUAUUGAUCGCGAGUACCUUACUAGAGCGGAAUAA